AUCAAAAUCAGAAUCAUGGCAAAGUGGUUCCUUCUUGUGCUCUACACUGCCCUAAUUGUGUGGUGGUGCAACGCACCCUCCACUCUUGCCAUGAGAACAAAUGAAACUGAUCGACUUGCUCUGUUAGCCUUCAAGGCUGCCAUAGAUGAUCAAGCCUCUUUUGGUGCCCUCAGUUCUUGGAAUGAUUCUGUCCACUACUGCGACUGGCACGGCAUUUCGUGCAGCCGCCGGCAUCCCAAUAGAGUCGUGAAGUUGAACUUAACAUCCAAAGGCCUAGUCGGAUCACUCUCCCCUCACAUAGGAAACCUGAGCUUCCUGAGGAGAAUCAAUCUUUCAAACAACAACUUCCACGGCCCGAUCCCUGAAGAGAUCGGUCGUUUAUUUAGCCUUCAAGUUAUACAGCUCAGCAACAACUCGUUUGGCGGUGGACUACCCAAGAACCUGUCAAGCUGCACACAUCUUGAGUACUUGCUCUUGUAUAACAACCACCUGAGUGGAAACAUCCCAUCUGAGCUAGGGUCUUUGUCAAAGCUUCGAGGUUUAACCCUCGAUAAAAAUAAAAUUUCGAUUCCUGAGGGCAUUGCUAAGCUUCGGCUAUUGAAAUUUCUCGGCGUCGAGUUUAACAACCUGUCUGGAAAUAUUCCUUCUAGCAUAUACAACAUCUCCACUCUCACUGCAUUCUCAGUAGGAGAUAACCGUCUUGAAGGAAAGAUUCCUCCAGAUAUAGGGUCAAAAUUUCCUAAUCUUCGGUUUCUCAGCUUCACUAAUAAUUCGUUCACAGGGAUGAUUCCUACUUCGUUGUCUAAUGCUUCCAGUCUUGAAUAUAUAUACUCUAGUUUGAAUAACUUCAUCGGGCAGAUGCCAAAAGAUCUUGGAAAACUUUUACGUCUUAAAGCGAUGAACUUCGAGGGCAAUCAGUUGGAGGAUGACAUUUCUUUCAUCUCAUCUCUAACAAAUUGCACCAAAUUGAAAUUUCUUCUUGUUGGCGAGAAUCUUCUCAAAGGUUCAUUGCCCAACUCCGUAGCCAAUCUCUCUAUCGAUCUUAGCAUCUUGAUUCUAGGGUGGAAUCAACUACAUGGAAGUAUUCCUUCGGGUAUCGGGAACCUCCUCAAUCUCACUUUCUUUGUUUUAGGAUACAAUUAUUUUUCCGGCCAUGUUCCCGACACCAUUGGUAGAUUUCAUAAGUUGAAUUGUCUAGAUUUACAAAUGAACAAAUUCACAAAACUGCCUUCUUCACUUGGUAAUUUAAGUGCACUGAAUCGUCUCUACUUGGGGCAAAAUAACAUCCGUGGAAGCAUACCUUUGAGUCUGGGCAACUGUCAACAGUUGUUAGCAUUAGAUCUUUCUCAUAAUAAUCUAUAUGGUUUGAUACCUCUCGAAAUCAUGAAUCUUUCAUCGAUUUCGAUUUCUUUCAAUUUAAGCUACAAUUCGUUGACUGGUUCUCUUCCAUCAGAAGUCGGGUCUUUGAAAAACCUCGUAGAGUUUGAUGUGUCCAAUAAUAGGUUAUCAAGGUCUAUUCCAAAUUCGUUGAGUGGAUGUUUGAGCUUGGAAGUUCUUCAUUUGGAAGGCAAUUCAUUUGAAGGUGAGAUACCUCAAAGUUUGAGCAAGCUUACGGGUUUACGAAAGUUGGACCUUUCACGCAACAAUUUAACGGGGUUGAUCCCUAGUUAUAUUGGUGAGCUUGCAUUAGAAAAACUGAAUCUGUCUUUCAAUAUGCUGUAUGGAGAAGUUCCAACACAAUGA